AUGCCAAGGCUCAAUCUCACAUACGAGUACUUCUGCGAGGUUGUUGGCCAACUCACUCGCCACUCCUCGUCUCCAGUAACCCCUGAAAACCUCAACCCCUUGAUCCAACGGGUCCUGACUCAGUUUGCCGGCUCUAUCAUCUACGGAGUGGGAGGACACUCCGUCCUUAUAUCAGUUGCAGACAACAUCGGCGUUAAAAUCUCGUAUACACCAGGUGGGGAACACUUGCAUCACGAACAGUCUGUUUUUAAGCUGCUUCCUUCAGAGCCAUGCCAGCACAUAGCCCACUCCCUCUUCACCGGGCCAGACGUGAUAUUUCUGGAGCUAUUCCCAAAUGGCACCCUAUACGACCGCCUAUGA